ACCUUUCCUCACUGGGUUUCUCAACUUUACUACAAUAAAGAAAUUAGUCUUAAUUGCAGUCGAUCAACGAAAUCCUUGAUACUGCUAAAGUGUUAAGAUGUUUAAAGCGCUCCUCAUUUUUUCUAUGUAAGCCAAAAUUUCGUCUUUCAUAUUCAAACUAAUUUAUUUCUAUGGGUUUGAUUUGAGGAUUGGGAUGAUGGGUUUUCAUAUAUCGAGAGUGUAAACAAUCUGAUUCGAUACCAAUAUCUAAUCAAUGUCUUAGAUAAACAUUCUGAUUCAGCACCAUCAUUAGUCCUAAACUUCAAUUAGUUUACGUUUAUUUUGAUUUACCAGUUCUUCAAGUUCGUCACCAGGUACCGGCGCUUCUGCAAAUUCGUCAUCAGAAACUUCAACUUCAAUCAUUACCAUCAGCGAUCCAGAUCCAAACUUAUUGUGAAUAUUUCCUCUGAUAUAACUAAUAAAGGCAAGGGGACUAGGCCAGAACCUCAAAAGAACAAGAAGGGAAAAGAUAAAGAAAAUAUGUGACAAGUUAUCGAAAACGAAACAUGGACAAACUUAAUUUGUCAACUCCCACAGCCGAUUGGAUAAAAUCAGGGGAGAUCCCGUGGUUGUUCCCCACUUCGCUAAUAAAUCCGCCACAGCGUUACCCUCCGGAUAAAAGGAUUUUGGUCUAUGUGGCUGUGCCAUGGCAUGUUACAGUCUUCAUUUUUCAAGCAAUGGGGUUGAAGUUAUAUGGGUUUCCCAUGUCGACUCCAACAGAGUGCAUAAUGACAUGCCUGGCUGAGAAAGAACUAGAAUAUGAGCUUGUUCCAGUUGACCUUCCCAAAGGAGAACACAAGAAUCCAACUCAUCUCGCCAAAAACCCAUUUGGUCAGAUUCCAGUUCUUGAAGAUGCCUCUGUCACCCUUUUCGAAUCUCGAGCAAUCACCAGGUACAUCGCUCAUAAGUAUAAAUCGGGGGCAGAUCUAUCUAGGUGCGAUAAUGUCGAAGAAGCAGCAAUGGUUGGAGUAUGGGUAGAAGUAGAAUCUCAACAGUUCAGCCCUCCUAUGAAUGCAAUCAUCUUUGAAAAGUUUAUAAAGCCAUUAUAUCUUGGCCAAACUGCUGAUGAAUCAAUCAUUAACGAAAACUUGGUGAAACUGGGUAUGGUGCUUGAUGUUUAUGAAGCUAGAUUGAGCAACUCAAAGUACUUGGCAUGCGAUUCUUUCACCCUUGCUGAUCUUCACCAUCUUCCUUCCAUUCACUACCUCUUUAAGACUCCGCAUUCUAAUGUGAUCACUUCGAGGCCUCAUGUUAAUGCAUGGUGGGAGGAUAUCUCAACUAGGCCAUCUUUCAUCAAGGUUGCUGAACAAAUGGACGCGCAUGCAUGAAUUUCUGAUGAAUGUUGUGAUGAACUUUAGAAUCUUGUCAUUUAUAAUUUGUGUAAUGGGUUUCAGUUUAUUUGUCAAUGUGUAUCACAUUGUUUUUAACAUA